AUGAAGAAUGAAAAAUCUGACGUAGACGAUGGAAUAGGCGCAGAAAUGCUGAAAUAUCUUCUUCUGUCUGGGAUUCAUGAGAUGACAAAAAUCAACCGUUCAAUAUGGAACGGCGGAAGGAUACCUGACUCGUGGAGACACGCUUGGUCCUUCCGCAAGAAAUUAUCUGUCGCCUACUCAAGGGACUAUGGAGGAAUCUCUUUGCUGCAAGUUAUGUACAAGGUUUUGGAGCGGAUUAUCCUAGAACGACUUGCUAAACAUCGCGGAGGAACAACGCGCAAUGAGCAAGCUGGCUUUCGUCCUGGUCGAUUACUACUGACCAAUUGUUCAUUGUCAGGAGAGUGA